AUGAUGGCUCCGACACACGCCUCCGCGGAGCCUGCCAAGCGCCGCCGCAUCGGUGUCUUGACCUCUGGCGGUGAUGCUCCCGGUAUGAACGGGGCCGUCCGCGCUGUGGUUCGGAUGGCUAUCUACUCUGGGUGUGAAGCCUAUGCCGUCUACGAAGGUUACGAAGGUCUGGUCUAUGGCGGAGAUAUGAUCCGUCAGGUACACUGGGAAGAUGUCCGUGGCUGGCUCUCCCGGGGUGGUACCCUGAUCGGUUCGGCUCGUAGCAUGGCUUUCCGGGAACGUGCCGGUCGCCUGAAGGCCGCUAAGAACAUGAUUACCCGGGGUAUUGAUGCCCUGGUGGUUUGCGGUGGUGAUGGAAGUUUGACUGGUGCCGACCUCUUCCGUUCCGAAUGGCCUGGUUUGCUGGAAGAACUGGUCAAGACGGGCGAAUUGACCGAGGAGCAGAUUGUCCCUUACAAGGUGUUGAACAUAGUUGGCCUGGUGGGCUCGAUUGAUAACGACAUGUCCGGCACAGACGCUACCAUCGGCUGUUAUUCCUCCCUCACCCGCAUCUGUGAUGCGGUCGACGACGUUUUCGAUACCGCUUAUUCCCACCAGAGAGGCUUUGUCAUUGAAGUUAUGGGACGCCAUUGUGGCUGAUGCCACCCCGCGAGCUGGGAGGAUGACAUGUGCUCUAUCAUCACUAAGAACCGUCAGGAGCGAGGCAAGCGGAGGACGAUCGUCAUUGUGGCCGAGGGCGCUCAUGACCGCCAACUCAACAAGAUCACCAGCAGCAAGAUUAAGGACAUUCUGACCAACCGACUUGAUCUGGACACUAGGUGCACCGUCCUGGGUCACACUCAACGUGGAGGAGCAGCAUGCGCCUAUGACCGUUCCCUCUCGACCCUACAGGGCGUGGAAGCCGUUCGCGCCGUUUUGGAUAUGACUCCAGACUCUCCGUCCCCAGUCAUCACCAUCCGCGAGAACAAGUUGCUGCGCACGCCGUUGAUGGAUGCAGUCAAGGCCACGAAGGAGGUCGCCGACCUUAUCCAUGAGCGCAAGUUCGAGGAGGCUAUGCAGUUGCGCGAUUCCGAAUUCAAGGAAUACCAUUUCGCCUACAAGAACACUGCCACCCCCGACCACCCCAAGCUAAUCCUCCCAGAAAACAAGCGGAUGCGCAUUGCCAUUAUCCAUGUCGGUGCCCCUGCCGGAGGUAUGAACCAGGCCACCCGCGCUGCCGUCGCCUACUGCCAGACUCGUGGACACACGGCCCUCGCCGUUCAUAACGGUUUCCCCGGCCUCUGCCGGCACCAUGCAGACAGCCCCCUUAGCUCUGUGCGCCAGGUUAGUUGGGAGGAGCAGGAUACUUGGGUCAACGAAGGUGGUUCAGAUAUCGGAACCAACCGGAGCCUGCCGUCUGAGGACUUCGAGACCACUGCCAUGUGCUUCGAAAAGUUCAAGUUCGAUGGUCUGUUUGUGGUUGGUGGUUUCGAGGCUUUCACCGCUGUGAGCCAAUUGCGCCAGGCCCGCGACAAAUAUCCGGCCUUCAAGAUCCCCAUGGUCGUCUUGCCGGCCACCAUCUCGAACAACGUCCCAGGUACCGAAUACUCCCUCGGUAGCGACACCUGCCUGAACACUUUGAUCGAGUUCUGUGACGCUAUCCGUCAGUCCGCGUCGUCCUCCCGCCGCCGUGUCUUCGUCGUCGAAACGCAGGGCGGUAAGUCCGGUUACAUCGCCACGAGUGCUGGUCUCGCGGUGGGUGCCUCGGCCGUGUACAUCCCGGAGGAAGGCAUCGAUAUCAAGAUGCUGGCGCGCGAUAUCGAUUUCCUGCGCAACAACUUCGCCCACGACAAGGGUGCCAACCGCGCCGGAAAGAUCAUUCUUCGCAACGAGACCGCUUCCAGCACCUACACCACACAGGUCAUCGCCGACAUGAUCAAGGAAGAAGCUAAGGGCCGCUUCGAGUCGCGUGCGGCGGUCCCCGGUCACUUCCAGCAGGGUGGCAAGCCCUCUCCGAUGGACCGAAUCCGCGCCCUGCGCAUGGCCAUCCGAUGCAUGCAGCACAUCGAAGGCUUCUCUGGCAAGUCCGCCGAGGAGAUUGCCGCCGACGAGCUUUCUGCGACCGUCAUCGGUGUCAAGGGAUCUCAGGUGCUCUUCUCCCCGAUGGGCGGUGCCAACGGCUUGGAGGCGACCGAGACCGACUGGGCCCGCCGUCGCCCCAAGCACGAAUUUUGGCUUGAGUUGCAGGACACCGUCAACAUUCUGGCCGGUCGCACCAGUUUCGGCGAGGGCAAGUCCAGCUGGUCUUGCUACGAAAACUGUUAA